AUGAGUCGUCUAGCGUGGACGGAUGUGACGUAUACAAUCAAAAAGAAGAGAUCUUUCCGGCCCUUCAAGAAGGGAACAAGAGAAUCUACUACGGUUUCCAAGGUGACCUUGUUGGACUCUAUCUCGGGUCAGGUUAAAGGUGGCGAAAUGUUGGCCAUCAUGGGUCCUAGUGGCGCCGGCAAGAGCACUCUUCUCGAUGUGCUGGCUGACCGCAAACAAGCAACGUCCGGCAUAAUCCAAGUGCCGGGAGAUCAUCCAGUGAAAAGCAUCUCGAAUUAUGUCGAGCAGCAUGACGCCUUACUUGGUGUCCUUACCGUUCGCGAAACUCUUUGGUACUCUGCCAAGUUGAGUAUGGACAAAUCGUCAACAGCGGCGGAAAUCAACGAACGUGUGGACGCUGUCCUAGAUGGCUUGGGUCUGCGCGGUGUGGCUCAUAACAAGAUUGGCACACCCAUUCAGCGUGGCAUCAGUGGUGGCCAAAAACGUCGCGUCACCAUUGGAUGCAGUCUUGUGACAAUGCCUUCGCUCCUAUUCUUAGACGAGCCGACAUCUGGCCUAGACAUUCACACGGCCUAUGCGGUAAUGCACAGCAUUCAGACAUUUGCAAAGUCAUAUAACAUUGCUAUUGUGGCUACGAUUCACAGUCCCAAUUGGGAUAUCUUCCGUCUGUUCUCAGAAGUCAUGCUUUUGGCGCAUGGGAAAACCGUGUACUAUGGACCCAUUGAGCUCGUCGCUCCGUACUUUGAGCUGAAUGGCCAGCCAUGCGCUACAUUUACCAAUCCAGCAGAUCAUAUGAUGCGUCUUGUAAGUGAUGAUUUCAAAUUGGUCCAUAAGACAGGUGAUAUGGAAGCUGAUGCCGGUACGGAUGGCGAUAUGUCUGUACUUCAAUGGGCUGAGCGUUGGAAGGCCACUGGCAUUCAGUUCCUGCGUGAGCGCAAGCAAGAUGUCAAGGUUGAAUACGAUGUGGGUAAAGAUGAUGUACAUGACCUGCGCUUCAACAAGCAUAGCUUUUGGAGUACAACAUGGACGCUGUCCCACCGAAAUUUGAUCAAUUACCUUAGGAACAUGCUUGCUUACGGUGUGCGCUUCGCCAUGUACAUUGGUAUUGGUGUACUCCUAGCGACAGUUUGGGUAAAUCUACCACAAAAUGAUGCACACGUGCAAGAUCGUCUUUCUGUGCACUUUUUUGCAGUGGCAUUCCUCGGUUUCAUGAGUGUCGGUGGUAUUCCAAGUUUCUUAGAAGAGCGUGGUGUGCUUAUCCGUGAACGGUCCAAUGGUCUGUAUGGCCCAGGGGCAUUUACGUUAGCAAAUACAAUUAUGACACUUCCCUUUCUGUUUAUUUGCUCCUUGGUCUUCGCUAUUCUGUGCUAUUGGUCGAUUGGGUUACAUCCUGGUGGUGUACCAUUUUGGCGCUGGCUUGCGUUCUUAUACCUCGGUGUCGUGGCUGCAGAAAUGCAAUCACUUUUGAUUGCGGCUUUGGUACCCAUAUUUAUUGCCGCUCUGGCCUUGGUGGCAUUUGUCAACGGAUUUUGGAUGUGCACACAAGGCUACUUUAUCCGCACCGUCAAUUUGCCUAGAUUUUGGUACUACUGGGCACACUUUAUCAACUACGAGACAUACGCAUUUGCUCUCUUGGCACGUACAGAUCUAAUGGGGCUCCAAUUCCCAUGCAACGACUGCACAUGUCAAUGGCCUGUCUCGGCGGAAGACAAGUGUGCGUCGUCAGGCGACUCGAUUAUCAAAGGUCUCCAGCUCAACGAAGUGGACCUUGGUGGUCAGGCUGCCAUCCUUGUAUGCAUUGUGAUUAUCUACCGCCUGGUGUUCUACGCCAUCUUGAAACUCCAGCGUGCCUGA